AUGGAACAAUUUGAAGAAAAUAGUGAGUUUGAGAUCUCUACAGAAAACAUCACGGGAAAACAACUCCGUAACCGUAAUACAAAUGCGAGAUUCCUUAUAACCAUCAACUUGAAAAGACGUCCUCUGUUCUACAUCUUCACCAUCCUGCUCCCCGUGGUGCUCCUCCACUUCCUCAACAGCUUCGUGUUCCUGCUGCCUUCACAGAGCGGAGAGAAGACCAGCAUGGCCGUGUCUAUCCUCCUCAGCUUCCAACUGUUUCUCUCCAUCAUCAGAGACUCCCUGCCAGAGAACUCCCUGACCGUCAGCCUCUUCGGCCUCUACGUGUCUCUGGCCAACUUCACCAGUGUCGUCAUCGUCGUUGUCAACAUCCUCCUCCUCAAAAUGAAAGAGAAGCCACCACCGAAAUGGAUCGUAAGAAUGUGUAAGAAGGCAUUACAUAAAGUUGAUAUUGUUAGCGACAAUGUUCAGGAUGACGAGCCGACGAGGCCAAAGUGGCCAGAUAUUGAAACUGAACUUAACAGGAUCUGUUUUGCAUGCUUCAUUGUGUUCAGUAGUGGUCUCACAGUGGUGGUUCUUGGGAUGCUGACGACAUAA